AUGGCCUCACAUGACCAUCAUAUAUUAAAGCAAAAGAAAAAUUUUGUUUCUCAAAAUAAUAGUAAUAGAAUUCGAAAUAAUGAGAUCGAUAAAAGUAAAAAUACUAAACAGAAGAAUUUGUUAACUCAGAAGGAUUUGUUAGCUCAGAAACAUUUAACUGAUAAAAAUAAUAAUAGUAGUAGUAGUAAUAGUAAUUCCAAAUUGAAUGAUGGUAAGGAUUAUUCAAAUAAGGAUGAUAAGGAAACCGAAGAUAUUCAGACUAUUAAACCUUUAAGAACUGCAACCUCUUCAUUGACAACAGCAAAAGAUACCACUUCUACAGUAAACAACAGUUAUAAGAAGGAUCACACUUCGUUAUUUACUUCUAAAUAUAAUUAUAAUUCCUCUUAUUCAAAAUUACCAUUAUCUUUGUUAAAACAUAAAAGAAAACAUACCUCAUUUAGUAAUAAUAGCAUAAACGAUAAUAACAAUAUCAAUAAUAUGAAUAACAAUAAUAAUAAUAAUAAUUUUAUUUUAAUCCAAAUUGAUAAUUUACCUCCAAAUAAAAAUUGGAAACAAAUUAAAUACUUAAUAGGUGGGAUUAUUCACCAUUCAAAUGUUCUUCAAGUCAAAUUAUUACCUCCGAUGGCCUCUUUAAUUUCUCCCUUUUUUAUGCAGCAAAGCUGUUUAGUCACUUUAACCAACACACUGAAUGAUGACAUGAUCAACGAUUUGAUUCUAAGUUUGAAUUCUUACACAUGGGAUAAUUAUGAUUUAUAUUCAUAUGUUAUCCCUAAUCUUAUAUCACCCGUUAACAUUUCUCCUUUUCCACUUAACUUUUCCUCCUUUUCUACCACUGCUACUACUGCUACUACUUCUUCUGCUUCUUCUUCUCCUUUCACGUCUUACUCUAUUGCGGCACAGCAUGAAUUAAAACAGGUAAAAGAAAAGGAAAAUGAAAUAAAUUAUCCUUCGUCUCCCCCAUAUACAUAUCUUCCCUUUUUGUAUCCUAUGAUUCCUCCAACAAUGUAUUUACCCCAAAAACAGUACCGAAAAGAACAAAAGAACGAUUUUUUAAAAAAGUCCUUUACUUCAUCACAGAAAAAUAGUCUUAAUAGUUUAUUAUCUCCAGUUAUAACCUCUAACUCGCCAAACAAUGAUAUUAGUACCAUUAAUAUUCCUACUUUUCAAAAAAAUGACACUACCAAUAUAAAAACUAAUGAAAAACAAGAACAGAUACCUUUCCCUUCUUUUAUUCCUAUAAUUCCUACAUCUUCUCCAUCAUCGUCACUGCAACAAUCAGGAGUCAUGUUGCUACCCCAAACAUCGUUAGUCCCACCUAUACCCACAAUUACAAACAUGAUGCCUCCAAUUCCUCCAAUUUCUUUUCCUUUGCCUCAAUUUUCAUCACAACCUACUUCUGCAUCAAUUUCUAUGAAACAGCCUUUCCAGGAUAAAACUUUUGGCUCAAAGGUGGCCACUUCUCCACUUAUGCAAAAUCAAUCUCUAUAUAACUCAAAACAGGUGAUAAAUACUUCAAAAUCUACUGCGUCUACUAUUGACUAUAGUGCUACCACCGCUAAUACAACAACUUCUUCUCCUUCUACAACUGAAUCUUCAAGGAGUUUUGCACCAAAUUUUAAGAAAAUAUAUUCAUAUCCACAACAUUUUAUAAAUACAUAUGAUACAAAUAAUGAAAUGAUUAACAGUAGUACUGCUGCUGGAGGUAGUGAUUUUGGAAGGGGUAUUCCAUUUUAUUGUCCUGAACAAACCAAUGAUAUGAUGGGGAUGACCACAGAUCCAAAAUUUAUUUAUCCUUAUAUGGGUCAUAAGAGGAUUGCAAACCCAUUUAAACAACCAAAGAAAUUAAAAAGUAUAUUUAACGAAAGAAAUUUUAGAAAACAGAUGACAGAGAGAAAGAUGUGGCAAUUAAAAUUGGAUAAUUUCCCACCUUAUCUCUUGCCAGAGACGGAAACAUCAAUAAAUUUUGAAGCCUUGGGACAAGAAAAGCUUAAAAUAGAUAUUGUGACCAAUAUGAUUGAGAAAUAUGGAAAGUUAAGAUGGACUAUAUUGAAGGAUUUUAUUAAAUUAAAAUGCCCUAAAUUACUGAAUUUAAGAGGUCAGCAUAAUGAAUCAAUAAGUGAUACAACAAGAGAAUUUUAUGUUGGUGUUUAUGAAGCAGAAGAAGUAAAGAUGAUAGUCGAUAUUAAACCCGAAAAUAAGAUGGAGGAUGAGAGUGCUGACGAGGGUAGAAGAAUUGUUCAAAUGGAAGCUAUUUUAUAUAAUGCCAUCAUUGGAUUCCAUAAUAAAGAAUAUUUUGAUAUUUGUCUCAAAAAUUUGCAAGAUCAAGAAUAUUCAUUAGGCUAUAAGUUACAUGUAACUGAAUUACCUCCUUAUAAUGAAGAGGAAGAAAAGGAAGAGAUGGUAAGAGAAGGUAGUAAUAGUGCUAAUAACGAUAAUAUAAAAGCCAACAUAGAGGAGGAAGAAAUUAGACAAGAAAUUAGUGAUUUAAAUUUAUCAUAA